UUUUUCUUCUCCGUUACUACAUUCCAAACGCUUUCUUCCUUCUUAUCCGGUGAUAAUCUUCUUCUCCGGUUCUCACCCAUUCUUCCAACGCCAGACUUUACCCUUUCCUCCGUUCCACAGUUUGCAUUCCACGGCAGUCGACAUUAACCCAUCCGGUGGCCGGACUUCGACUUCUCGUUAACCUCGUCGAUUUUCCGUAAGCCAGAAGAAUUCGACCUCUCAAUAGAUAUAUGUACAUCCAGAGCCUAAGGGAAGGAUGACCUGUUGUGAACCAUUGGAUCUUCGCUGAUGGCCAUACCGUGCAAGAUAGCAUUCGCUGCAGCACCCAAAGCACUCUCCCUCUAUCGCUCCCUUAUCCUGCGCCCGCCACCGUCCUCCGUCGCAUUUCGUUCCAUCACGAUCAUGAACAACCGUCAAAGCCACACCACCGCCGCCGCUGUUACAGAUAUCGACGCCAUAUUCAAGCAGAAACGAGCCCUACGAUCCAGAGUUAAAAAGGAGCUCAAGAACAUGGACCCCACCCUCAGAUCCUAUGAAGACAAUGCAAUUCAGAAUGUUAUUCUUGAAGCUCCGUGGUUCAAGACUUGCAAGCGAUUAUGUGCUUAUAUAAGCUGUAGUGCUUUACGAGAAGUUGAUACGUCUAAUAUUUUGUCAGAAGUUCUACAAAAUCCAGCUACAGAUGGUCAUUCACUGAUGGGAAAGAAGCUUUAUGUUCCACGAGUGGAGGACAGAAAUAGAAACAUGCGGAUGGUUAACAUAUCAAGUAUUCAUGAUAUGAUUGCAAAUUCAAUGAACAUUUUGGAACCUGCUCCAGUAGAUGCUGAUGGUAAUGAGCGGGAAGAUGUUAUGCAAGCAAAUGACCCAGUUGACUUGCUUCUGUUACCUGGACUCGCAUUUGACAAAUCAGGAAGGCGCUUGGGCCGUGGUGGAGGUUACUACGACACCUUCUUGAUGAAUUACCAAGAGCUUGCAAAGGAGCGAAAAUGGAAGCAACCUCUCCUUGUGGCGCUGUCUUAUUCAGCACAGAUAAUGGAUGAUGGAGUUAUACCUGUCACUCCAACUGAUGUUCCUGUGGAUGCGCUUGUAACCCCAUCUGGUUUGAUCCCCAUUAGCCCAGCAGCCAUGGAGAGGUGUCACUGAUUUUUUUCUUUUUUCUACUCGUACACAUUUUUCUCUUUCUCCUUCAGGCCACACGCAUGUGUGAGGUGGAACUCAGGAUCCAAAUAUAGUGACGUCACGCCCCAAAAAUUUCAGCUCAUGUUGUUUCCACAAGUCGGAAGAUUCGUUUUUUUGCAUGAAAUGCUGAAGUGUACCUUGCCGUUGGAAUCUGUGAUGGGUGUUGUGUCAUUGAAAACUAUGAUAUUGAUAUAUUCUUUCGAAGGAUUAGCUAUCCGUUAACCAUUCACAAUGUGAUUUUAGUUUGAAGUUUUCUGGUGCAUUAGAUGUUUGAUCAUCAGUUGAGCGCGUACCAUAACAGUUUAUGAAAUGAACCUGCACCUUGCAUCCU